AAUCGCAACUUUUCCCCCGGCGCCGCUCCGCGUCAGGGAUUCGCUUUCCUCGGCGGAAUCUCCCCUCCUUUCCACGCCGGUUUUCGGGCGCUCUCCGCCGCUUCCGAUCCUUCGGGAUCCGGCCCGGUUCCUCGCUCACCCGCGACAUCCGUCCCUUCGCUUCUGGCCUCGCCCAGAAGCUCCGAUGAAACCCGGCGGGGGAGCCGAAGCGCCGGAGGGCGAGGGCGCGGAAGGGGAACGGGAGCCGCUAAACCCCGAGUCGUCGGAGCCGCUGGGCGUCUCCGCCACUUACCGGGAGUUCGUCCGGCGAAGUUACCUGGAGCUGAUGAGCGCCAACCAGCACUCGCUGCACGCCCUGAACUGGCGGCGGCUUUAUCUCAGCCGGGCCAAGCUGAAAGCCUCCAGCCGCACUUCGGCUCUGCUCUCCGGCUUUGCCAUGGUAGCCAUGGUGGAAGUACAACUGGAAGACUAUGACUACCCUUGGGAGCUACUGGUGGCCUUCAGUGCCUGCACAACAGUGCUGGUGGCCGUCCAUCUCUUCGCUCUUAUGGUCAGCACCUGCAUCUUGCCCAAUAUCGAAGCUGUCAGUAACAUCCACAACCUCAAUUCGGUCAACGAGUCUCCCCACGAACGAAUGCACCACUAUAUUGAGCUGGCCUGGGGCUUCUCCACGGCCUUGGGCAUCUUCCUGUUCCUCACUGAAGUGGUGUUGAUUUGCUGGGUCAAGUUUAUGCCUGUCGGCAACAUGGGGACGAGCAGGAAGUGCUGCACUCCGGAAAGGCUCCAUGAUGGGAACACCACAGUCUCUACGGGCAGUUCUGGCUGGAACGCUGCCAUGGCCUCCACGGUGAUUAUGGUUCCAGUUGGCGUCGUGUUCAUCAUCUUUGCUUUGCAUUUCUACCGUUCCUUGGUGGGGCACAAAACUGAUCGGCACCAGCAAGAGCUGGAAGAACUUAACCAGAUCAAGUAUCAGUUGGACGGAGAAGCCACGGCUCUGCAAGUGGUGUGAGUUGGCAGCCUCACUUGAACUGCAACUGAUGUGAUCUUUUAGAGAGAAAGGCGCUGCCAUCGGUUGUAUCCUGAUUUUGUCUCGAUGGAAAAACUGUUAAGUAACUGCCACUGUUGGAAUUUAACCCCAAAGCUGUGAUGUUGAUGUCACUCCACAGUCUCCAAUGUCCAACAACAUUUGUCUGGAUUUCCUAGGGGGCAAUUUUCAAGCCCAGGAGAGCUUAUUGAAACGGGCUGCUCCUGAAAAGCAGGGAGUGAAAUCUAGGGAACCUUCCCUGAGGAACUUCCCCGUUUGGUAGAUUUUUGAUCAUACAGUAAAAUGUUUACAGGAAGCAGUUGUUGGGUGGGGAGAGAAAAGGACAGCUUUGGUCUCUCCAGGGGUGAGAUGGUCACUUCAUCCUGUAAGAUUUCAACUUUGUCUGCAGAACUGGAGAAGACAAUCAAAAGAUCUUUGCUAUUUCUGACAUUUCAAAAUGGGUGGGUUUGAAAAGUUCAGGGCAGUACGUUCAUUUGCAGUCCGUUUUGCUUCUCUUCUCACCUUUAUACACAUGGAAUAGUAGAGUUCACCAACCAAGAUUGGUUAGACUAACUUUUGAACAGGUGUUAGAGCUGCUAGGUCCCAAGAAAGAGCCCUAACUUUGUCGACCUCUAAUUAGGCCUGAUGUUCUCAAGCUGAUCUCAUCUUCAUGCUUUCAUUGUGCAGUUCCCCUUGCUGUUUGUUGGACAAUCUGAAAAUAUCCCUGAUAACCAAACCUUUCCAUCAAUUUGACGGAGCGUCACAGCAUCUCCAGAAGGCCUGGCCUUGGAUUCUCAAAGAGGCUAGGAAGUGCUUGCAUCUUUGAUUCGGCAUUGUAAAUCCAGUUCUUCCAGUUGGUUCCCUCCCCCUCUUCUUGGGACCCCCUAAAUCCCACAUUCCCAGGCAGAACGUUUGAUCUAGCACAUCUAGAAGAGACUAGGAUGGAGAAUGCUGUGCUGUAACCAAACUCUUGCAUGCAGUCUAUAUGCCAUUCUUCAAAUGCUUGUUUGCUUACCUCUAUGGAAACUUGGCAUCAGUUCUGGAUCAUUGUCAGAGUUGGGGUCGGUACAGAAAGUUGGACUUCUGACCCAGGAAUUCCUGGGAUAUGCAUAUUAUCCCCAUAUAUGUGCUUUGCCCCCAGUCAUAAAUUGUUUGCCCCUCCCCAGGGAUCCUUAUUUAUAGAGGCAAAGUCACACAGUAUGGGGGGGGGGGGGGGGGAACAGACUGCUUGGCUCCACUGGGAGAUGGCUUCGUUGUUUGGAGUAUUUUCCAGAGGAGGAAGAAGACUACUGGGGUAUGGUAGAAGUUAAAAUCUAAGUCCAUUUUAGGAAUUUGUGGAUAGGAGAGGAAUUUUGCUUGCCUCUUGCACUUUCUUUUAAGAACAGAUUUGGUCUCAGUCCUUGGUGGGGAGAGCCACUGAAUGUUAAAACCAGGCUGAUAUCUUCUCCCUCUCCAUCUUCCUCAACUUCCUGUCCUGCACAUAUGUGGACUAGCAUCUUAUCUUGUGUUUGAAGAACCAAGAGUGGCGGUUGAAGAGUUAGGAAAUGCCAUUCUAGAAGACUAUGUCUUAAGUAAGAAGGUUAGAGCAACAUAUCACAGGCAGCUCUUUAUCAAAUAUAUUGCAAGGCGUACAUAUGCGUCUUUGUAUCAAAGGAACCAACCACAGUGGAAGCAGGUUUCCUGCUGAACAGGAAGCGGAACAGUUUGAGCCUUCGGUCUUCAGCUGUUCAUCUCUUCAGGAACGCUCAGAUGUUUUCCCUUAAGAGUUCUGCUUCCUCAGAAUUAGGGACAGUAUGGACCCAUCUCUUUUGGGGGGGGGAGCAAAGUAGUUGGAGAUAAUUUGGAAAUGUGGGAAAGAUAUUUUUGUAUCGAUAAAAAUAACACAUCCUUUGUCUAUCAUAGAUUUUCCAGCUGUUUUAUUGGAGAAGAAAAAUACAUCUUUAGGAUGUGCGUGUAGGAAGAUGGGGAGGGGGAUCAAAGUAGAAUUAGACAUACAGAAAGCCCAAUUGACAUUCCCAGGAACUGCAGGUCAGUGUUUCUCAACCUCAGCAACUCUUAAGAUGCAUGGACCUCAAUUCCCAGAAUCCUCCAGCCUGCAUGGGAGGGUGAAUUCUUCAGUUCUGGGAGCUGAAGUCCGUGCAUCUUAAAAGUUGGCAAGAGGUUGAAAAGCAGAGUGCUAGAUCAUGCAAGCAGUAAUGAGAAGAAAAUGCAUGGAAGCUGGCUGGGGAUACUGCUAAAAAUAUUGGAAGCACAGCCGCUACUACUUUCUUCUAUCAAGCAAUGCUUUACUUUCCCCUUAAAAAAUGAAUUAAUUUAGUCUUAACGAGGCCAGCUCAAUUACUUGUACAUCUCAGAGCUUCGCUUUUAAAAGCAUUAGGGAAACCAGUUAACUUUACAUCAGCCUUGACUAGCCUGGCUUCUUCUGAAUGCACAGCUUCCCUAACUCUGAGUUGGUAUGAUCAUGGGUUUUGUAGUCCAACGUACCUGAGGGGCAAAGGUGCUUUACAUCUUAACAAUGCAGGGCUAGAGUUUUUACACUUGUGAAUGGUACACAAUUAAGAGCUUGGUACACGCUUUACCAUGUAUUUCUAUUAAUGAAGGAGGGCGGCUGCCAAUUGGGACAUGUUUAUAUAUAUAUUUAAAAUAAAAUUGUUUUUAAA